GGCACGAUGGGCAUCGGUAUAUGGUACUACAUCUACUCCCGGUCGGUGAACUCGCAGCUGGUCGGCUCGACCUUCUUCAAGGGCGUUCUCUUUGCCGUUCAGAAUGAUCCCCGGGCCAUCGAGUUGCUCGGCUCCAACAUCCGCUUCGAUCCCGCAGUGGCCCCUGCGAAAGGCUUUGCCAACACCCUGAAGGGAAGAGCCGAGAUGACCUUCCCCAUCGUCGGCAACAACGACAUUGUCGCCACCGUCAACUUCAAAGGU